GUGGAGAGCUCUAGGGCAGAAGGGUGCCUGGGCAACUUGACUCCCUGGAGGCUAGAUCUGCGCUGUAGCUGUAGCGGUGGUGACUAGGGUCGCUGGUGUCUGUGUUUUUCUUCACAGGUGUCCCCGUGCAGGCAAUGGUGGAUAUGCUAGGCGGGCGGUUCUUGCUAACCUGCGGCGGUGCGUGGGUGGAGGCUGAGGCAGUGCUGCAGAACAAGGUGGUUGCGCUCUACUUCGCUUCGACCCGUUGCGCGCCCAGCCGCGACUUUACUCCGCUGCUCAGCGACUUCUACGCGGAACUAGUGGAGCAGGCGUGCCCGCCUGCACCUUUGGCUGUGGUCUUCGUAUCCGCCGACUGCAGCGCACAGGAGAUGGAGGAUUUCUUGCUUCAGCUGCCGGACACCUGGCUGGCGCUGCCCUUCCAUGACCCCUACCGGCAUGAACUGAAGACCAGGUACCACAUCACAGCCACCCCCAAGCUUGUGAUCCUGAAACCCAGUGGGGAGGUCAUCACCAACAAAGGACGCAAGCAGAUCCAGGAGCGGGGGCGGGCCUGCUUCCAGGACUGGGUGGAAGCUGCCGAAGUCUUUCAGAACUUCUCUGGUUGAAGUGGUGGAUCUCUGGGGACCUGGACAGGCAUGAGAUACACCAGCUGCUGCAGCAAGAUUACAGGGAGAGGAGAAGCGGGUGGUUCAGUGUAUGUCAGAGCAGAAGCAUUCAGCUGUGGCAGAAACACUGCUCAGAAAGUAUGCCCUCCUGUUCAACUCCUCUGGCCUGCUUAUAGCUAUUUUUAUUCUCAGCACAGCUUUGUCCAAAUGAGAUUAGCUGUGUUUUCAUUGAACUGUUUGAAGUCUAUGCAAAAGUUGUAUUGAUACAGGCUCUUCAGGUAAAGUAAUAUAUUAAUUGAUACAUUUUCUGUAGAUCUACUUAUUAUAAGGAUAUAUUUUCAUUAUGCUUUCACAACUACAUUUAUUGAUAAAAUCUGCAGCAUCUAUACUUUAAUAAAUAAACCUGUUUCCACUUGU